AUGAUAGGUAACUACCAGGUGCGUGAAUUUAAAUUGAAAGCACAAAAUUUAAAUAAAAGUAAUAACGACAGUGACUCGAAAGAAAGCGAACAUGAAGAGUUCCAAGAGGACGAUGUCAAUCCUAUGGAUGCAAUACUUGAUUUAUUUCAACGUUCCGAUGAUUCUUUGAGACGUUAUCUUGUCAAUAAAUUAUCUGCAUGUCAACUCAGCGUCCCUUUUCUUCUCCCUGACCCCGAAGCACCCUUCGAAAACGUCACAAUUCUGUUAUCAGCGUUAGAGAACAUCACUAAGUGCUGGAAAGAUGGGACCUGCACAAAACAAGUGUUUGCGACAGAACAUCCAUUUCCAGUGGUUUCUUUCAUUCGAAUUGGAAAAGUUACCAUUUCUAAAUCCAUGUUGAUUAACAAAAUCAUGAGUGACGGAGACAGUUACCAUGACUACUUCUUUCACAGAAACAUGCAAGGUGGCGACAUUGAGAGGAAACAAAUCGAUGGAUUGGUUGAGUUGAGCUGGUUUCUUCCUGGAAGGAGUGAGAAUCAAACAUUAAAACAGGAAAUUUGUCUCGCAAAUCUUCGAGGAGACGCCAGACGUUUUAAGAAGCAGCUUGACGUUCUUUUAACGCUAUCAUCUGCCCUAUGUAUCUUAUUGGCUUCAGAUUAUCGAGACGUUGAAAUGUGCAGUGAAACCGUUCCGAUAGACUGUUUGGAAAAAGUAGCAUCGCAAUUUAAAGGAAAUAUCAUCCUAAUUUUCUACGAAAAGAUAACACCAGCCAGUGCGAAGGAAUAUUUUGACGAUAUAAAAAAUACACACCAGGAGAAGUUGUCCUUAAUAGCCCAAGGUAAAAACAUACAAGAGGAUCGGUUUUACCAAAGAAUAAGAGAACAUAUUCAGAAAAGUAUAAAUGAACAGGAAGCAUCGCCACUAGUAGAGCUAGUGCCUGAUCUGGUCGAAUGCGAUAUUCACCCGCCCAACGUUUCUCGACAAUUAGAAUUCAGGUGGUUAGAAGUGGAAAUUGAAAACGCCGAAAACCUUCUCAAAUUGCAACAGCAUAUCCCAAAAUUAGCAGAAUUGGAACGUAGAAAAUAUCGCCUGAGCAGGAAUUCCACAGAAAGCGAUUAUAUGAUAAAAAUUAAAGAAGACAUCGCUAAAGAAGUCAUGGCUCAGAAAGAAACCUUUCAACAGCUGGAUGAACAGCUUAUUCACUUUUUAAAUGACAUCACAACGAUGGAUGAAACUGAACGAAAUUACACCUUGCAUAAGUUAAAACAUCAUUUCGAAAAAAUUUCGGUUCAAGCCAUGGCAAAAAUUCCUAAUAAAUCUGAGGCGCUGAUCGAACUUCCAAAAGAGAAAAAGGAAGCACCUCAAGGCUUUGACGUACAGCCAAAUCUGAAUCAUUUGCAAUCAAAGACGAAACGCUCGUUUGGUUUAGAACACAUCAACAGAGAGCUCGCUCAGUUAUACCAGCUUGGAGAAAGUAAAUACGACUAUGCAGGCGCUGCUGCAGAUAUGUUGCUUUCAGGAUAUCCUCUUGAGAUACUGGAUGGCGAUUCCUUUUACAUUCCUCUGGAAUGGUUCAAUGCUGUGUACACCAGACUGGAAAAGAAAACAAACAACGCAAAAAUAUUUGUAAUUUCAGUUAUUGGACUUCAAAAUUCAGGUAAGUGUACAAUGUUAAACACGAUGUUUGGUCUCGAAUCUCCGGUCAAUACAACAAGGUCUACUCAUGGCGCUUUUGCUAGCCUCAUUCCUGUUGGUGAUUCUCUUAAGUUCGACUCAAAGUUUGAUUAUGUUUUGAUCAUUGAUACUGAAGGCCUCGGAGAAACCGAAGAUACCCUGAUGCGGGAAGAUGAUAAUGCAUUAGCAUUAUUCGCAAUUGGUGUUGCCGAUUUAACCAUUGUGAAUGUAAUUAGUCAAAAUCAAACGACUAUUUUUGGAAUAGUUGAAUUAUUGGAAAUAGCUGUAAAUGCUUUCUUAAAAAAUAACUUACUAACAGAAAAGAAAAAGAUAUUUUGCGUAGUAGUCCACCAAAAUGCGGCAGCUGCGGAUCCAGGAGAUAAAUUUACCAUGAAACCUUUCAACUUUUUGAAGAAGCAUCUUGACAGGUGUAUCCAAGAAUGUUGUGGACCGAAAUUCCCAAUAUUUGAUGACAUAAUUUCAUUUGAUUUAAACGAGGACGUGUUUGAUAUGCCAAGCCUUCCACGCGAAAGUCAACCAAUAGCUCCAAUAAACCCUGAAUAUAGAAGAGCAGUUCAAAUGUUGAAAGAAAACAUCAUGAAACGGAUGUGUUUAAAAGAAAGUUUAAAACUUUCAAUUUCUCAAUUUCGAGAAAGAGUAUGCAAUUUGUGGGAAGAUGCGCUAACCGAAAAUAGUUUGCGUAAUAGCUUUAGAGCUUACUUGUCACUCAAUAGUAAAUAUUUCCACGAAUUCGUAAAAUUUGUGGUUAUAGAAAUGAAGGAACUUCAGGUGGGUAUUGAAAUAGCUCUAGAGGAAUGCAAAACGGAAGAGGAACGUGAAGAAAAAUUGAAGAAGAGCAAGGAACAGGUAGAAGGCAAAGCAAAAAAACUCGAAGAUGACAUAAAAGAGACAAUGGAUGAAUUUUUAAAAACUAGCGAGCACCGGGCAAUUCUUGAAAAGUGGAGAGAAAAACUUAUGAGAGAUAUCGAAUAUCAGACAACAGAAAAAGUGUCCGAGGUGAAUAAACAUUGCACAUCAACCCUGAAUUAUGCGCGUAAUUUACAAGAUAUCAAACAAAAGAAAAUUAUCUGUCAAAAAAAUCUUCGAGAAAAAGCUAAGAACCUCGUCAAGUCUGCCCACAACGAGGAGAAACUCAUAAAGGAUGACCUAUUCAAAGGAGAAUGGCAAAAGUUGAAUAGAUCCGUUCCCGAGAAUAAUGUUGAAAUGUUGAACGUUGAAAAAGAGAUCAAUGAUGAAAUGGUAAACGUUCUUUGCAUGGAUCCUGUUCUAAAUGAGAAAAUGAAAGAAAAAAUACAGCAACAGGGAUAUAAUAUAUCAAACUUUAAAGAAAGUGCCCCAAUAAUUCAUGACGAUCAACUUAUUUAUAAUUUUGGGGAUGACCAAUUAGCGUUUGAGGAAAAUUCAGAAAAGAUUAAGCAACAAUGUUGUUUUAGCGCCAGAAGAAUACAGAAAUUUGCAGAAGAGAACGGACGUGACUUUGCGAAGAAGACUUUACGGUCAGAAUCAUACACACAUGCACGGGAAAACCUGAUACAAAUGUAUCAAAAAGUUAUCUCGACCAUAGACGAAGAAACAAUGGAGACCCUUUUUAAAUUCGGCAACUCGCUAAAAUGUGAUACCUUGCUAAAUUCAUUUGCUAAUAACCGUAAAACUUUUGUUGAGAGAGAGGAACGCUUUCGUCAAAAACGAGACAUUGGAACCGAAGUGGCUGCUCUGAAACCAGAGUUGAAUACAUAUUUUGAAAAUAUUUUCACAAAUACGAAAAAGGAAAUUUCAGCAGCUGACUCACUUGUUAAAGAUCUCGAAACCUCGAUUAAAUCAACACUAAACGACACCAUGGGUCAAACAAUAGCAGAUGAAAUGCUGAAGGAAAGCAUGUACAAGAGCAAAAGCCACUUCCAUGCAUAUGUCCUUAUUGAACUUGGGGAGAAAUGUACUUUUGAAUCGUACAAACCAUAUCUAGAAAAUCCAGCUAGCUUUUUAAAGACGAAGCUAGAGAAGACUAUGCAAGAGUACAGUCGAACAUCUACAUUACGUGAAGAAAAAAUCGAAUAUUUAAGACAGGAAAUUCUUCAAGCUAUUGGAAAUGCAAACAAAGAAACGAGGACUGAGAGCAAGAAACCGUUAAUUUGGAUUCAAAGCUUUGAAGAACAGUGCCACCAAAUACUAAAUAUAAAUAAGGAAACUUUUGCAAAAGGUGUAAAAGAAAUUGCAAAAGAAGAUCUAGAAGAAUUUUAUGUGUUUCAGAACGAAGUCCAAGAUAAGAUAGAGGAAUCUAUACGAAAUUUGAUCAAGUGCAGUUUAGAUCCUGAGACAAUUCUAAAUUGGAAUCUAUCAGCAAGUGAUGUUUUAUUGGGCAAAAUAAUGGGCUGUCAAAGUGUUUGCCCAUUUUGCAAAGCUUUGUGCGACAAAGACCAUGAAAAUCAUCAAGAAAAGCACUCCGCCUUAUUUCAUCGUCCACAGGGAAUAACUGGCUCCAAGGAUAAAAAAACACGAAAAUUACGCACCAAUAUUUGCCAAAAGAACGUUGCCAGUAAUAAGAAGUUUUCGAACCCCGAUAUACCUGGGAGACAGCAUCGUUACAAAGACUUUCAGUCGGUAAACGACUAUUAUAAAUCUUGGUUAAUCCCAGGAAAUAAAUCAUCGAAAACGCCAAAGUACUUCAAAUGGUUUAUGGCAACUUUCUCGCAAGAUUUGGCAGCUCACUACAAUGCCAGAGAGCCAAAAGUCCCAAGAGCGUGGAAGCGAGUUACGUUCAAGAAGGCAAAAGCAAAACUUCAACGGCAAUACAAGUUGCCAAAUACACGUUGA